AUGAAAACAUAUGAAAUACAAAACACAAAGUAUCUUUACAGCCAUCUUGUAUCUCUUCUUUAUCAUGUCAAAUACCAAUUUAAACACCUUAGAUAUCUCCGCCAAUCCUACGUAGAGUCCUGCCGCCGGAGAAAGUGGUGCCCCGCCCUGGGAUGCAAUUUCGCCGUCGAAUUCGACAGAGGCGGAGGUGGCGGAGGCUACGACGUGACGUGCGGCUGCUCUCACAAAUUCUGCUGGAACUGCGGGGAAGAGCACCACCGCCCCGUCGGCUGCGAAACGGUGGCGAACUGGUCGGAGAAGAACAAUUCUGAGGCGGAGAACACGCAGUGGAUCCUCGUCUACACCAAACCCUGCCCCAAAUGCCGCCGCCCCAUCGAGAAAAACCAAGGCUGCAAUUGGAUGACGUGUCGCCCCCCCUGCCGAUUCAUUUUCUGCUGGCUCUGCGGCAAGGGCACGGGGUCCCACACCCACUGCAACAGAUACGGCGGCGCCACCGCCGUCGAUGAAAACAAUGCUAAGAGAGAGAGGGCGAGGAAGGAUCUGCGGAGAUACACGCAUUACUACGAGCGGUGGCACGCCAACGAGCAGUCGAGGAAGGCGGCCGUGAAGGAUCUGAAGUCGUGGAGAGACGACGACGGCGUCUCUAAGCUCGGCGAGGCGCAAGGGGAGGCGCCGGCGCAGCUGCAGUUCGUGACGAAGGCGUGGGAGCAGAUUGUGGAGUGCCGGCGCGUGCUGAAAUGGAGCUACGCCUAUGGUUACUACAUGGAGAGGGAGGCGCUGAAGAAGGUGGCGUUGUUCGAGCAUUCGCAGGGGGAGGCGGAGAAGCAGCUGGAGCGGCUGCACCACUGCGUGGAGAAGGAGAUGGGGGAGUACCUCCGGCGACGGCGGGAGGAUUUCAAGGAAUUUAGGGUUAGGGUUGUUGAUCUGACUGUGGUGACCGGGAAUUAUUUUGAGAAUUUGGUGAGGGAUUUGGAGAAUAAUCGACCGGAAGUUGUGGGUGGCGGCGGCGGCCGGAAUGGUUUGGAGGAGAAGAAGGAUGACGAUGAGAGGAAGGAUUUGGGGAAGAAGAGAAAGAAGAAGAAGGAUGAUGAUGAGAGGAAUGUUCCUAGGAAAAGAGCAACUUAUGCUUCUAGGUAUUCUCGUAAUUAAGUAUUCUCGUAAUUAAGUAUUGAUGAUGAACGUGCACGUUUGUUUUGGAUGAUUAUUAUUGUGAGGAGAGUAUAGUUUUUUUUUGGUUUUAGGAUUAUUGAGAUUGUUUCAAUAGUAAGUUUAUGAUCAGAAAAUCAUAGACUAUUCAUUAAUUUAUGCAUGUUGAAUUAUGAAAUUUUUGGUAGUACAAUAUUCUUGUUAUUGGUUUUGGUGAA